AUGACUAAGUUACUCAAACAACGUUUGAAGAUCGAUGAAGGGACAAAGAUGAACACGAACUCUGUAGUCGUAACAAAGGCGAAACGGACACGGAAGACAGUGCCGCGGGACUCACCUCCUCGACGUAGCUCAAUUUACCGUGGUGUUACCAGGCAUCGAUGGACGGGUAGAUAUGAAGCUCAUUUAUGGGAUAAAAACUGUUGGAACGAGUCUCAGAACAAGAAAGGCCGGCAAGUUUAUCUGGGUGCUUAUGAUGAGGAAGACGCAGCUGCUCAUGCUUAUGACUUGGCUGCACUUAAGUACUGGGGACCUGAUACUAUUCUAAACUUUCCGUUAAUGACGUAUCAUAAGGAACUGAAGCAAAUGGAAGGUCAAUCAAGAGAGGAAUAUAUUGGAUCGCUAAGAAGAAAAAGCAGCGGAUUUUCUCGUGGAGUUUCGAAAUAUAGAGGAGUUGCAAGACAUCAUCACAAUGGAAGAUGGGAAGCUCGAAUCGGGAGAGUUUUUGGUAACAAAUAUCUAUAUUUGGGAACAUAUGCUACGCAAGAGGAAGCAGCUGUAGCGUAUGACAUGGCAGCAAUAGAGUAUCGUGGACUCAAUGCCGUUACAAAUUUUGACCUAAGUCGUUACAUCAAAUGGUUAAGGCCUGACAACAAUAACACUGUUGAAGUUCCUCCAAACCCUAAUAUCAACAUUAUUGAUGCUAGUGUAACCCCAAGUGCCAAUGACGACAUAGGAUUGAACUUUCUCCAUAACCAACCACCACAACCAGUGGUGGAGAUGGUGUCACCCACCGUGACGGCCACCAUGCCAUACCCCUCACGGUCAACUACAGCUACAUCAGCCCUAGGACUCUUGCUACAGUCUUCCAAGUUCAAAGAAAUGAUGGAGAUGACCACUGCAGCUGAGUACACUUCAACACCAUCCAAUUCAACCAUCGUACCACCAUGUAACAAGUUUCCAGAGGAAAUUCAGGUGCAUUUUGAGAGCCAAGAUUUUGCUGGUUACAACGGUGGAGAUGAUUUUAUUUUCGGUGACUUGAAUUUCAUGCAUAACAUGUUGCACUCUGACUUCGACAAGUGA